AUGGCUUCUUUCCUUCAGUUUCUUCUCUUGUUCUCUUUAUCUAUUCAUCUUAUUUUUGUGUCUGCGGAUGAUGAUCAGUCAUCCGCAGCACAACCUCGACCUCGACCUCGACCUCAACCUCAACCUCGACCUCGACCUCGACCACCCACGCCUAUCCUCAGGCCAACCAACCUCUUUCUCAAGGUGCAGAAAGAUGGUGCUACCGGUCUCCAUGUGACCCAGAUUUUCAAGAGAACCCCUCCUGUUCAACUCCCCUUUGUUCUCGACCUAAACGGGCAGUUCUUAUCUGUCAAUUGUGAAAACAAGUACUUGUCAUCAACUUUCAAUGCCCCUGUUUGCCAUUCAGCCCAAUGCUCUAGAGCCAACACCCACUCGUGCCGAACAUGCUCUCCCAGAACCCCAAGACUCCCCAUGGCUAGACCUGGCUAUUGUCACGUCAAUGCAUGCGCGGUCACGGCUGUGAACCCUGUCACCCAACAAAGUGCCAUUGGCGAGCUCGCGGAGGAUGUGCUCUCGAUCCCAUCUGCCGUAGGCUCGAGGCCAGGUCCAAUGGUCACAGUUCCUCAGUUCCUCUUUGCAUGCGCACCUUCUACACUUUUGCAAAGAGGACUACCCCAAAACGUUCAAGGAAUUGGUGGGAUGGGCCACUCCAGGAUUUCACUUCCUUCCCAGCUUGCUUCCCAUUUUGGCAUCCCACCAAAGAUCGCUUUCUGCCUCGCUUCUGGCUCGGGACAAAAAGGCGUCAUUUUCUUCGGCGAGGGGACGUACAUGAUGCCGGGAACCGAUGUGUCCAGGCAGCUGAUGUACGCCCCACUAUUCAUAGGUCAACAAGGAGAGUACAUGAUGAACGUCCAAUCCAUCCAAAUCAACAAUGUUGUUGUACCACUCCCUCCUAGGCUUCGUUCUAACCAAGCCACACUCAGCACCACAACUCCAUACACAAUGCUACAUCAGUCUAUCUUCACAGUCCUCACUCGGCUCUUCAUCAGGCAGUUCCCGGGAGUGCCGCCGGUGACCUCGGUGGCGCCAUUCGGGCUGUGUUUCAAUGCAAACAACAUCAGUUAUAGCAAGAUGGGUCCGCAAGUGCCUAGCAUUGAGCUUGUGUUGGACAACCAGCAGAAGAUAAGGUGGACUAUAUCUGGCCAAAAUGCUAUAGUUCAGGCGCGUCCGGGAGUUAUGUGCUUGGCCAUGGUAAACGGUGGGAUGAACCCUAGAGCUCCGAUCGUGAUUGGGGCACAUCAGAUGGAGGAUAACCUAGUGCAGCUGGAUUUGGUGAACUCGAGGAUUGGCUUCAGCAACUCGUUGUUACAGAGGACUAAUUGUGCCAACUUCAACAACAACAUGACUACUACUCCGUAG